GCAGUUUUCAUUCCUAAUCACCAAUGCCACACGAUAAAUGCAAGCGCCCAAAUAGUUAUUGAAAACCGCGACAAUUGCAAACACAGUCCGAUGGACAUAAACGUCGACAUGUCCGAAAUAAUUGAAUUCGUAAUGCCAAUAAGACCCGAAUACGACAAUGAAUACAAUAACGAUGGCGAAGACGACGAGGAUGCUGACAGCGGUGAUCAGUAUGUGAUCCUGGAUGGUGUCGAUGUGGGACGCGAAUAUAAAUACGAAGAGUUCCACUUGACCAAGAACGAUGGCGACGGCGACGAGGAGCUGCUGCUCGACAAUACCCAGCUGCAUCAACAGCUCAUCAUUUGCCCUGAAAUCCAGCAGGCAAUGAUGCGUGUACCCAAAAACGAGUAUAUGCAGCCGGAACAGCUGUCCGACGAAGUAAUCGAUAUCGUCGAUGAGGAGGAGGACGAGCUGAUCAAUGAGAUGUACGAUGACGAUGGCGUCGCAGAGUACGAGGAGCAAUAUGAACACCAGGAGCAACAAUAUGAGCAAUAUGAGGAUGAGACGGAACCGGAACAAGAACAAGAUGGCUUUCUAUAUAUGGAAACGCAGCAAACAGAAACAGAAACCGAAGCCGAAACAGAAACCAGACCAAUCGACACCCGACUGGACGCGUUGACCAUACUUCAUAAUAAUAAGUCAUCGCCGAACAGUGCCCAACAGAGUACAACACAUCCGCCGGCUGUGGAUGACAGCGAUGCAUAUGUGGAAUGCAUUGAUGCAACUGCUGCGGAACUGGUCAGCAGCGAGGAACUGGCAAAGCCCAGUGAUAAGAUGUUGGAUCAGUUUAAGGGGCCACGUCGCUAUCAGCUCUACGACGAGCUGAUUGCAACGAUUGUCGACUUUGAUGAGGAUGGCACACCCAUUGUCGAGUUCCGUAUGAUUGCCAACACACUGGAUGAGAAGCUGCCGAUUGAGUGCGGCAUCUGUCCGGAUGUUAUGCACAAAUCGAAACUGGCCAAGCAUCAGCGGACACAUCUGGUGUCCAGCACCAAUCGGUAUGCGUGCAUCUAUUGCACCGAAACGUAUCGGGAUUGUAAAUAUCUGGCGGGGCAUGCCCGUCGUCACAUGGGCGUCCGGCCGUAUGUUUGUGAGCCGUGUAAAUUGUAUUUCUCCACCAAGCAGGAUCUGCGUGUGCACAAUCAGCGACGGCACCUAAAGAAGGAGCACAUCUGCGAGAUGUGCGGCAAGACGUUCGCCCAGAACACCCAGCUGAAGCGGCAUCGCGAGGCGACACACGAAAAGAAGCGACGAUUCCAGUGCAACCACUGCCAGAAGGCCUACUACAAGAACUUCUCGCUGCAGGAGCACAUUCGCAACGUCCAUAUGGGCAAGCGACGGAUGUUGAAGUGUCCGUUCUGUGGCAUGCAGUGCCGUGAUGCCCACAAAAUGGCCAGGCAUCGCAAGGAGAUGCAUCUGAAUCAGGAUACGUAUGUGUGCCAUCUGUGCCAGGAGGAGUUCACCGACAUCAACUAUUUCGAUGCGCACAAACGUUCCAUACAGUGCCGCAGCAAUACACGCCGGUUGGUCAGCGAUGAUCGGAGUAAUCCACACAAUGUCGAUGGCAUUUUCAGUGCCGAUAAUGGCGAUGUUGAUGGCGAUGGCGAUGAGCUCGCUGGUGUGCUCGACGAGGACUUUGAUGAGGAUGCCGGGCUCCUGGCCGAGCAUAACGAUGCCGUUGAUGGUUAUGCGGAUGCCGAGGCGGAUGUGGAUGCGGAUGUGGAUGCGGAUGCGGAUGAGGAACAGCUACAGAUGCACAAUAAUCAAGCAGGGAUCUAUGAAACUACUGCCAACGAUAGAUUUCUGCACGACGAUGGCGAUGAGCAGCAACAGCAGCACUACGAUCAAAAUACCUACGAGGAUGAGAGGUCGCUUGUGGAGCAGGUGAUUGCAGACGUUGGCGAGGAGCAGUUUCUGGUGCAGCUGGAGCAGCAGUCCCUUGAACAGCUGGAGCGUUAUCAUAAUCAAGAUCAGCAGCAGCCCUUUGCUGACCAGUAUAACGAUGAUGAGCUGAUCUACGAAAUCACACUGGAGACUGAGGAUAACUGAGCUUUUGAGCCUUCAAUUUUAUUUCCCUCCCUCGCCCUCCCCAAAAUCACCGAUGCCCAAUUUCCUGAAACUCAUCGCGUUUCUCAAACAGAUUGUAAAUACAUAGUAAAUACAUAAGA